GAAGCGGAAAAAUGAACACAAUGUUACAACAAAAGUGAAGUUCGAGAAGUACAUAAUACCGGGAAUAAACGUAUCUGUGGAUAACCAUAUGCGCACGAAGAGAAUGACUUGUGAACGCAGCAUUUACAAGUCAUCAAUCGCGUCGAAACGUGGCCGUUAAGUUAAGUUGCUCACAGUAUGCGCAGCUAGUAGUUAGCUCAAUUUCACAACAAGACGCUGCAACGCCCCUGAAACUGGUGACAAGAAAGUAUUUAAAGACCACUUUGUGAUGAUACUAAAGGUCUCUCCCAGUUUGUGCUACAUCGACCAUUGUUGUUUUAUUUCAGGUUCAAUGUGGCCGUGCCCGUUUUUUGUUUAAUGAACAAUUCUGGAUUGAUGCCCAGUCCUCCUCCCUCUCUCCGGUGCUCUGUGUGAGAUGACCUGACUCCGAGUUCACUGGUUCCAGCAGCAGAUGACAAUGGCUAGAAUAGCCUGGUACCAAGAGAAGAUUGGGGCCUAUGACCAACAAGUCUGGGAGAAAUCUCUGGAGAAGGCGGAUCUAAAUGGUUUGGACAGCAAACCAAAGAAGACAUGUCACAUCAAGCCAGACCUCAUUGAUGUUGACUUGGUUAGAGGAUCCACCUUCAGCAAAGCCAAACCAGAGAGUCCCUGGACAUCUCUAACUCGAAAGGGUCUGGUCAGAGUGCUGCUGUUCCCGUUCUUCUUCCAGUGGUGGAUCCAGGUGACCUCCAAGUCCAUCUCCUCAUGUAUCCUUGUGCUCUACUUCAUGCAAGUGGCAGCCGUGGUGCUGUACUUGGAGGUCCCUGGGGCCAGUGCCAGCGAGGUGUUUGGACCCAUGUGUCUGUUGCUGCUGCUGGGCACUGUGCACUGCCAGAUUGUGUCGACGGAGUCCAGCCGGUGGCCCUCGGGCAGUCCAGCUGCCAGCAGCACCACAAGCCCUGCGCGCAGAAGGAGGCCAAGGAAGGGCAGGGGGCUGAAAAAAUCUGAAGAAAAGAAUGGCAGUGGGGACACAGAAGAGCAGGGUCCCUGGCCAUCUGAAGAAAGUCAGCGAUUAUACAGAAACGAGGAGAGGAGGAACAAAAGAAAGUCAGGAUUUGGGGCAUCAGACGAGCUCUCCAGUGAGGAAGAGGAGGGGGUACAAGCAGUUGAAAAGAUUCGCCCACCAGGUCAUCAAGAGAGACAACCUGCACUUGUGUCUUCUGUUAGAAAGAGAAACCUGAAGUCUAACCCCAAACCUACACUAAGGCCACAGGAAGGGGGUGGAGCUUCCAUCAAGGUGAAGCCUCGAGAGGUGGAGCGUCUCAGGCCGAGCGUCGGCUCUCGUCCUGCCUCUGACACUGACGACACAAUGUGGGAGGAGCUUCUCCAAGGGCCUGACACUGCCUCUACGGGCAGCAGUGACAGUGAGGGGAACGGGAGGUACAACGCCGGCUCCACACUCCCACAAACCACCACACUGAGCAGUGAUGAUGAGAGUCUCCAGCAAGGAAUCACCGGCAACCAGCUGUCUUGGCUUCAGGCGUGUCACCCAUCCAAGGACCGGGUCAGUGCCAUAAUAUGGGAGCAGGGCGAGUGUAAGAAAGCAGACAUGUCCGUGUUGGAGAUCAGCGGGAUCAUCCUCACACGGGUGAAGUUAGUGGAGCAGGGUAUGGGUUACCUUGUCUUUGGUGGUCUCAUGACUGUCACCCUGGUGCUGCUUCCGUUUGCCUUCCGCUUGGCUCAGCACCUGGACAUGUCGAGCAUCGGCACUGUGUCCCCUACAGAGCUGGUAGAAAUGGUGCUGGGGUCGCGUGAUGGCCAGACCUAUGCCUUUUUCUUCAUCACAAUCGUGCAAAGAGUCUGCCUCACUGGGCUGUUCUUCUUCAUGAUGUGUGUGGCUGAGAGAACGUACAAACAGAGACUUUUAUUUGCUAAGUAUUUCAGCCACCUCACUUCUGCUCGCAAGGCCAAGAAAUCUGAGAUCCCUCAUUUCAGGCUGAAGAAAGUCCAGAACAUAAAGAUGUGGUUGUCACUACGCUCUUUUCUCAGGAGACGAGGGCCGCAGCGCUCUGUUGAUGUCAUUGUCUCCACUAUCUUCCUUUUAGCGCUUUCCAUUUCAUUCAUCAUUUGUGCCCAGCUUCUUCACAGCCACAAGACAUUCCUACAGUCUCUGACAAACUGGGAGCUGAUGGUGUGGGCCUCUUCCCUCAUCCUCUUUCUGUUACGGCUGGCUACGCUGGGCUCAGAGACCAACUGCAAAUACAGCAACUCCUCUGUGCUGCUGACUGAGCAGAUCAAUCUGUAUCUCAAGAUGGAGAAAAAACCCAAUAAGAAAGAAGAACUCAGCAUAGUGAACAACGUCUUAAAACUAGCUACAAAACUAAUGAAGGAGCUGGAUACUCCAUUCAGACUGCUGGGUCUGACUGUGAACCCUCUGAUCUAUAACAUCACCAGAGUGGUCAUCCUGUCUGCUGUGUCUGCCGUGGUCAGCGACCUGCUCGGCUUCAACAUCAGACUGUGGAAAAUCAAGCCUUAAAUGUGAAAACAGCAAACCACUAAAAGUCAGACACUGGAGACCAGAAAUCCCACUGCAGACAGGCUCUCAUCUACAAAAAGUGUGCAAACCUACUGACAGUAUUUCCAUUGUCUGUGCCUUCCAACUGAAACUCCUGUCUGAGUUUCAUCAAACAUUCACAAGCCUGAGAUGCUCUGACAAUCGCUCACACACCAUUACUGGCUGCUAAGCUGGUGUGGCAUCACACACUUUCCCUCGGCCAAGCCACUAAACCAGUGCCUAACCUUUGACCCUUGAAUGUUCCUCAGUAUUCAGUUAAAUAUAGUGGUAGAUUUAGGUCAGGCUUCUGUGGCAUCCAAAUUUCCAAUUGUCUUGUACAGAUGUGUGGACACAAAGUGAAAUGUAAAUCCAGUUAAUAAUGUAGAUAGUUCAAUCUUAUUCACUAAUAUUCUUCAUCAAUAUAAUAGUUGAGUAUAAAACAAGCCGUGUGCUAUCUAAAGCUAGUCAAUCAGAAUGGGUGGCCAGCUGUACUAAAUGAAUCUUCAUAGGAAUCACAUUUGAUUUCGACCUUUUGUACUAUUUAAUGCGAAAACAUUGUGACUGUAAGUGGGCUUUAUUUAUUUGGGGUUGUGUUUCAGCACUUCAACUUGUCAUGGUACCUGAAAGUCAUGACUCUGACCACUAUCUGCCUUUUGUAUUGAGGACCAUUGUUGAAUAAAAUAACUAUGCAAAGAGGGUAUAGUUAUGCUUAAAGAAAAUGUUUGAUAAAGGUGAAUAAAGUCUUUUUCA